AUGUCUGCGGAAAUGGAUGUCGACGUCCAGGCCUCGCCUGAAGAAGCUCCCGUCCAAACGGGAGGGUUCGAACCACGGACACAUGCUGAAGCCGUCGCUGUACGCAGUAUCGAGGGAUGGAUUGUGAUAGUGACCAACAUUCAUGAGGAGGCAUCGGAGGAAGACGUGACGGAUCUGUUUGCCGAGUAUGGAGAGAUUAAAAACUUCAAUUUGAACCUUGAUCGUCGAACAGGUUAUGUCAAGGGGUAUGCUUUGAUUGAAUACUCGACUCUUCCCGAGGCGUCGGAGGCCAUUAAGGCACUGAAUGGUUCCAAACUGCUUGAUCAGACAAUUCAAGUCGACUACGCAUUUGUUCGGCCACCUCCGUCCUCCAAUAAAGGAAAAUCUGGUGGACAGAGAGGAGGCCGCGGUGGCCGAGGCCGCAGCAGGAGCCGGGAGAGGAGUCGCAGCCCUGGAGCUGGAGCUGAAAAUGAAAGGGAGUAG